AGAGGGAGGGGACACAAUAGACGAAAAAGUUUAACGAUAACCAAGAACUAAAAGCGGCUUGCACGACGGAAAAACUACGCUCGGACUUGUCACAUUUGAGAGCUAUAUUAAUUAAAGAGAACUCAGAGUAAUUUGACCAUCAAGACUAACCUUCUCCCCUCCAACCCCUGCAAAAUUGCACUUAUAAUCAAGGAACAUCGCGAUAAGGCAGUAUCUGUUCUACCCAAUACUACAACCAGCUUGGACAGUCGCCUCGAGUAAUGGACAAUGUGAAUGGGUCGGUUAAGUGUUAUUACCGCUGGACUACGGUCUGUAGUGACCACUGGCUAGUGCCGACAGUGACUUUAACGUUAAAUCUCGGCCAUAGUACUACAACGGUGCAUCGAUGAAGCGUUGGGUGGUUUUGGUUCUCUGUCUAGCAAUACAGUUGAUCCCUGAGUCCAGCCCUCUUGUUUGGUCAGCUUGGGGACCUUGGUCGGACUGUGACAACCAGUGCGGACAAGGGAUAAGGCACCGGACAAGGGACUGCGUGGUCGCCUGUUUUAAUGGGCUGAGGGAGGAGAUUGAGAUAUGCGAGGACAACUCCUCGUGUCCAGUACAAGGAGGCUGGUCCUCGUGGAGCACGUGGUCGCCAUGCACGAAUUUGUGUGGCAGUGGCACUCAAACCAGGACACGUGCCUGUGACUCGCCGGCGCCAGUUCAAAGUCCAGAUUGUCCCGGCGAUGCCAGCCAAACCAUUGGCUGUAACACACAAGCUUGCGUAGGUCCUAGCGUUGGCUGUGAAGCUAAUGGUUUAAGAUAUGCGGAUAAUUGCAAUUACGUAUACACCCACCCACCUUUAAGCUGGGAUGAUGCUAACAACAAAUGCGUAGGCCAAGGUCAAAGCCUGCUAACUCUAGAAACAGAGGCAGAACAAAACUUUAUCAUUAGUAAACUGCAAGCUUUGCCGCUGUCCUCGAUGUGGCUCGGAGGAAGGAAUGAUCGAGGAAUGGAUGAUUACAGAUGGACCGAUAAUCUCCUGCUCGUUGGAAGCUCAUGGUCGUUUUGGAAAACAGUGUUGCCAGAACCUAUGGGCCAUCAAAUGUAUACAGACAUCACUGACAAUGGCAGAUGGAGUGUGGACGAUACCGAGACGCAGCAGUAUGCGUGUACCAAAAAAUUAGAUUGUCCUUUAAACUAUUUUCGCCAUGGCCACGCUUGUUACCACAUUGGACGAAGCGAACGUCAUUGGGGAGACGCCAAAUCUGACUGUGAAACCAUUCAAGGCGCAAACCUGCUUUAUUUUGACAACACUAAUGAAGUCAACUACAUAAAAAACUUGAUUGUAACCAACAGACUUUCAGAUCUCGCGUCAAGUCUCCUGAACAUUUCUUCCUUUAGUCUUUGGACGUCGGGAAAUGAUAACGCAAGUGAGGGCACGUGGGUUUGGAGUUUAGGUGACGUCAGUCGACCAAUCAGCUUUGAGAAUUUUGCGCCUGGACAACCUAAUGGCGGAUCAGCCAGUAACUGUCUCUCAUUGGACGCAGACGUGAACUACUCGUGGGUUGAUUCUUCGUGCUCAGAGACUAAGAUGUAUAUGUGUAAAAUAAGGGCCUCCGUCUGCGGUCCACCACCGAAAGUUGCCAAUGCCAUAAGAAUACCUGAUCGUCCAAACGCUUCCUAUGUCAAUAAUACUUUACUCAAGUUCAGAUGUUUUCCGGGCUACUAUUUCAUGGAUAAUUCCCAAGAAAAAUCAAUAACAUGCCUCCACAAUCUGGCAUGGAGCGACUACCAGCCUGGAAACUGCACAGCAGCUUGUCCUGGACUCGACAUCACUCGUGCAACACCGUCGCCAUCUGUUGGUGGGCCAUAUGUCGCGGGAACUAGUUUGAAUUUCACAUGUGCUCUUGGUUAUUUUUUCAAACAAUAUCUCAGCGUUUCAAUUCAGAUGCGGUGUAUGGAAGAUGGCAUGUGGGAUAUUGGUGUAAUUCCGGGAGAGUGUGAACCAAUUACUUGUCAAGGACCACAUACAAUAUAUGCCUAUUUAGAAGACACACUGUCCACUUUCCGCUCUCCAACUGACCCCAACGCAUUCAACUCGAGCUCAAUAGUGCGUCUGAAAUGCCGAGCCCGGUAUCUGUUCCCAGAUACCCUUACCGAUUCCAAGUUAAUAUCGUGCCAAGAAGACGGCACGUGGAACAUAAGCACAUCUUUAUUUGAGUGCGUGCUGACCUUCUGUGAGGAACCGCCGUGGAUCCCCAACGCCAUCACAGUGUACAAUGACACAGAGCUGAACUACGGAAUCAACGAGACGUAUUUGCAUCUCUAUGCCCCAGGUGAAAGCGCGUUUUACUACUGUGAGGGAGGUUACCACUUUGACCAUUCUAAUUUCUUAAACCAUAGCGCUUUGUGUCAGAAUGGCACGUGGACAACGCCCAAUCAUCAUAUCCUGUGCGCGGAAGACAGAUGUGAGGACACGCCGCUUUUACCCUACGCUAACAUAACGUACAUGUCCGCGUAUCCGUCCCUACAUGAGAACGUGUCUUCGUACGCGCUUAACACCGUGCUCGUGUACCGGUGCGAGGAUGGGUUGUAUUUCAAAUCUAAUUCGACCCUGUCGACGACGAUAAAUGUCACUUGUGACAUAGGAGGGUAUUGGAGGGUCACUGAAGAGAUGGAGACGUGCAUGCCAAUCAUGUGCCCUGAGCCUCCCCUUAUAAAUUUGAGCAUGAUGUACGUGACGGGCAACUCAUCGUCCGUAUACACUUGGAACACGACUGUUGAAUAUAUGUGUGCAUCGGGAUUCCAUUUUGCAUCAAAUAGCCAUUUGGCGUCCAUCACCAUUGUCUGUGAUAAGAAUGGAACCUGGAACACGGAUGUUCAAGACGCCUGUGUUGCUAUGCAGUGCCCUCCUCCGCCGGUUGUAUGGAAUACAAGGACUGACGUCAUUUCCGGUUAUGGUGUCGUCAUUCUUGCAAACAACACGUUUUUGGCAAAUGAAACAUGGAGCUCUAAUACCACUGACGAUCAUAACACCACAUUCGGUGACAUGACUUAUUAUGUCGAUACUUCCGUUGUGUAUAAUUGUUUGCCAAACCAUUAUUUCUCAAAUGAAACAUUACAGCAGACGGCCAUAAUUAUUUGUCUAGAAAACGGGACAUGGACACCAUUGUUAAAUCCAGAAUAUUGUCAAAAAUUGUCACGAAACCAUUCCAGAAAUUCCUCAGAGUCAACGACUACUUCUUUCAAUUUAACGACUGUGAAUCCCUCAAAUAUGUCUUAUACAGAUACAAAUGCUUCUAAUUUUUCUGUGGCCCAUCAAAAUGUGUCUUUAUCAACGUCGAUAUUUACUGUUGGACCAGAAAUGACGACAUCUGGACUACAUUUUACAGAUUCUGUAAACAACAUAAAUGCUUCCACAUCUUUGGAAGCCAAUAUGACAUCGCCAGCAAAUGACAUUAAAAAUGUGAAGUCACCAGCGAAUGACGUCAGUACCAGUUCAACGCCCACCAUUUCUGCGACGCAGCCGGACGCUUCGAUUCAAACAACAGAGAGUGUCAUUACUCACUGCGCCUUCUUCCAAAACGUCACCAACGCCGAGGCCGACAAGGUGAAUACGUCAGUUGGGGCGGUGAUCGUUUACACGUGUGUGAACGGGACUACCUUUCCGGCUGGCGGCACCAACCGAACGACCAGAUGCACGGAAAAGGGGAAAUGGAGCUCUUUGGUGUCAGCUUGCUCUGAGAUUGUGGUAAGAGUGGUGAAACGAGCCAGGCGUCUUCCUCCCUUAGAAGCCCCAGGCGCACCCAUUUUUGGGUCUUUCGGACUUGCAAUCUUGUUAGCUAUAGUACUUACCAUCAUUAUCAGUGACUUGGCAACGCUGCAGAUGCAACUCAGAAUGAUGAGACGCAACGUGAACUCCUAUUUUUCGUUUAAAUCCAGAAAACUUAUCGUGAAGGAGAAAACGGAGGGGGGUCGUCACAAGCUGGCGGAUAAAGAAAAACGUGCCCCUGAUUCUUCGAGGCAGUGUCUUGUAUCUAUUGACGGAUCAUCCAGCGCGCAUGGGCACGUGCACCCGUCAACCUCAAAGGAUCCGAGGUUUUACCAUAUAUGACUCUUGUCAUUGUUGUCUGCUUCAAAACAUGUUCAUUUUGCUAAAUUUUUACAGCACCAGGAAUGACCCUCAGAUUAGAGGAUUGUUAACCCGAUCUUAAGUUGAUUAAAAUAUAUGUUGGCACAGAUGACGUGGCACACGUAACAAAUAGAGAGAGAGAGAGUGCAUGAGAGAGAGAGAGAGAGAGAGAGAGAGAGAAUUAAGGUUUGGUCCACAAAACGACUUACCGGUCUUAGAUCAAAGACUUAGCGUGGAAUUUGAAUGACUCUAGAUCAUAUUGUGAUUGCCCUAACCAAGGAGGUACAUCUUGUAUAACUCUUUGUCCUAACUGUGCUUCUUGCUAUCACUUGUGGCAUAUGAAUAGGUGUCGAUUACAUUUAUUGUGGGGGAAGCGUCCGUAAAACACUCUUACUAUAUAUAUAC